GCUGGGUGGGCACGUCCUGGGGUGUUUGUGCUCCACAGACCAAGCGCUGCGCUCCUUAUACUGAAGUGUACCUGUCUCUAAUGUUCUCUCUCAUGAUAAAGAUGCUCCUCAGCUUGUGACCUCAGGUGUGCUGAUGCCAGAGAUGCCACGGGCGAAUGCAAUAUUCAAAGGCAGUGGGCUCCAGAGAGGGGUAUUUAGUCGGUUGUUGUGCUGGUGAGGCACCAGCUGUAACUGGACCCUCAGGGAUGAUACUUGGAGGGCCUUAUUCACCAGGGCUCUGGCUGAAAAGGAGCCGGAUCUGCCUUGGUGAGAGAUCUCUGUGUGGGGAAAGUGCUGGCUCGCGGCUGAGGUUCUGCUGUGGGUGCCAGUGCGUUCAGGGAACGUGUUAUAGGUGCUUCAGUGUUUUCUUUUGGGACCUGGUGGAAACAGAUGGGGAGGCAGAGGCACUGCCUCGGCAGCUCCAGAUCUAAACAGACCGAGAGAUGGCAAAAUAGAAGGGGAAAUGUGUUUUAUGGCUGAGAGAACGGAAGGCUGCGAGAGCCUAUUUAUAUUUAAAAUCAGAGAGGGGCAAACUGACAAGACCCUCUUGGUAUCAGAUCAGAGUAUAUGCAGGCCUUCAGAACAACCGCAAACACGUUUCUCUGCUAUAAGGCUCAUCCUCCUAAUAUAGAAAGCUCCUAGAGAUAACACGAAGCUGGGCAUACAGUACAGCCUAUGCUCCGGGCACAGGGAGUAAGUGUUGAGGCAAGAAAUGACUUUUUCCUGGCAUGACCCACUACAGAUUGAACUGGAGCAGCAAUUAGAAGUUGAAGUGCUCAUUUAAUGUCAGUGAUGUGUAAACUACAUUGCCAUUGUUAUUUUAGUGCUGAUUUACAUAAUUGGCAUACCCUGAAGUCACAUUGCACGCACUCUCAGUUCGGGCUAAAGACUUGCAGGAAGUCAUAAAAUUAAACAUUAUCUGCGCUGGAAUGCAACGGAAAAGUAACUAAACUUUUGAAGGAUUUCACCUCGCUCUGUGUCACCUCUCCGGCUGUAUGCACGGCAGUGAGCAAAAAAUCGGGUUAACAAGUGUUGGGAGCUGUUGAUAUGAAGGAGCUUUACCAGCUCUUUAAUUACGCUGGUGCAGUUCUAAGGUGGUUUGUUACACUGGUAUGUAACUCCCUGUGUGAGCAGCUCAUCCCACAGCGAUGUCUCGCUGGUAUAGCUGAAGUCACUCUGACGUGAUGGUAAAGCCAAGAGGAGAGGGUUCACGGGAGGAAUUAUUCUGGUCCAAAUGUGCUGAAUUCCUGCCUCAAAUCGGUGGUUUUCCUACGUUGAAAAGUGCUAAAACGGAGGGAAAAGGCCGCUCCCAAAGGAGGAGCUGGUAAUGGAGCUGUCUCAGUUGUUACUGCUUCAAAUCCUCCUCCGCAGCAAUUCGAGGUGUCAGAGGCUGUCUGGGUCUUUUGCAAACGAAGCCCCCGAGAGAUGUGCAGCACAGGGCGCUCACCUUGCCGGGAAGGAGCCGGGGCUAGUGCCGGGCCCCCGGCUACCGACGGUGCGCUGAUGGCUUCAGCUUUGAUGGGGACCCCAAACUGCUGGGUACCGCAUACCUCCGCCAGAAGGGCCAGGCCCUACCGCCGCGCCCAGCUGGACAAGAGCCGGGGCAAAGGCUGCAUCCCUCCCCACCGGCCACCAAAUCGUAUCGGGGAUUAAAAGAUCUGCCAGCAUCAGCGAAGGGAGCUCGGACUGGGAGCCCAAUCCCGCGGCGCGUGGCCUUGCCUUCUUCACCCCGGCCACCUCUGCCUUCCUCCUCCCCUGGGCCCGUACGCAGUCGUCUGUUGAUGCCCGGCCCGUGGCACCCACAGACCCGGGGGGAUGCUCCGGCGUGGGCAGGAGCUUGAUUCGGCCCCGGGGGCAGGUGCCGGGUGGAGGGCGUGGGACCGUGGGCUGGCGGAGAGUGGUUUGCGAUGGGAUUUACCGUGUCCGGGCCGGAGAUCCGCCGCAUUUCCACCACUGGAGGGCAGCCACAUCUUAGAGAAAAAAAAAAAAAAAAAAUAAAAAAAAAAAAUCCACCCAACAAAAAAACCCAACCCAAACCCGGCCGGGGCUGAGCCCGCGGUCGGAGGUACCGCAGCAGCCCUCCGGGAGGAGACUCCUCCCGAGGCUUUCGGGGAGGAGGGCGAGGAAAGUUCCCGCGCACUGGGGGUAGAAGCCUAAAUAAGUGGCUAGAUAGACGGAGAGAUAGAGGGAUUUAAACUGGUUUUAAAGCACCGGGGAUUCUCCCGGUACCUUACGUGACCUUCGCACCUCCCCGCCCCGGCGGUUCGGGGCGACGGCGUUAAUCCGAUUUGCGGCGGCGGUGCCGGUGACAACGGGGCUUUGUUCGGGCCGGGCCGGGCCGGUCCCGCACCGACCGGCGGCGGGGCACGGCCGCCCGGUGCGGGGCGCGGGGCGCGGGACCGGCCCGGUGCGGCCCUUCCCCACCCCGGCUGGCGGGGAAGGGCGAGCAGAGCUUAACGGGCCGCGGCCGCCCCACAUCCCUCACCCCGGCAGCGCCGCGACCCGGGCGGGCGAGCGAGGGAGGGGAGCGGGCGAGGGAGGAGGGAGGGAAGAGCCGAAGGAGGGAGGCGGCGUCUCCUUUAAAAGCCGUGCGGGGCCGCAGCCCGCUCCCACAGGGCGGCUGUGAUUGGCGCGGGCCCCCGAGCCUCCGGGGUCGUGACAUCCCCGAGCAACAAAAAGCCCCGGCGGCGGCCACCGGGCACCCCCCGGCCAUGGUGCGGAGCGGGCCGGGCGGCGGGCGGGCCGGCGGGGACACCGGCGCCGUCCCCGUCCCCUAGCGCGGCCGCUCCACGCGGGGCCGCCGGCGGCAGGCGGCUACUCCCCACCCUUUUUUUUUUUUUUUUUUUUUUUUCCUUCCUCCUUCUCUCUCCUCCCUCCUUUCUUCUUUUUUUUUUUUUUUUUUUUUUUUUUUUUUUUAAGGGAGCGGAGAAAAAAAGUCAAGCUUCAUCUUCAUGUUGCUGCGGGAGCCGCGGUAAAUGUCCGUCCGUCCGGUGCGGGUGAUGCAGGGGACGCUUUUUAAAAGGAGCCUUUUAACUCCGUAGACGCAUAGGGACCCGUUCACACGCACACGCGAGGAGGAGGAAGGCGAAGAAGAAGAAGCAACAAUUUUUCGCUCGCCGCUUUUAAAAGGGAGAAGCCCUUCCCCGGCCGGGACUUGCCUUCUGCCUCCUCCACCGGCUGCUAAAAGUAUGUUUCUGAGGCGGACUGCACUUCAGGGAACUUCUAUUUUCUGCGCGGCAGCUGUAGAGGAGCAGCAGCGAAGUCUGGAGUAACACCAAGUGAUGCGGGAAAAACACCCCGAGAGCAGAAAACCCUCCUGCAGACACAACCCCUGCUGCUGCACACAGGUUGAUCAUGGUUGCCGCGACCCGCUCCCUCCUGGCGCUGCUGCUCUGCCGGGUGCUGCUGGGCGGCGCGGCCGGCCUCAUGCCGGAGGUGGGCCGGCGGCGCUUCAGCGAGCCGGGCCGCGCCGCCUCGGCCGCGCAGCGCCCCGAGGAUCUCCUCAGCGAGUUCGAGCUGCGCCUGCUCCACAUGUUCGGGCUGAAGCGGCGGCCCAGCCCCGGCAAGGACGUCGUCAUCCCCCCCUACAUGCUGGACCUCUACCGCCUGCACGCGGGCCAGCAGCUGGGGCAAGCGCCGGCCCUGGGCUACCCGCUGGAGAGGGCCGCCAGCCGCGCCAACACCGUUCGCAGCUUCCACCACGAAGAAGUUUUGGAAGAACUGCCAGAAACAAGUGGGAAAACAGCACGGCGUUUCUUCUUUAAUUUAACUUCCAUCCCUAAUGAGGAGUCUGUCACCUCAGCUGAACUCCAGAUUUUUCGGAAACAGGUGCACGGAGCCUUUGAGAACAACAGCAGCUACCAUCACCGUAUUAAUAUUUAUGAAAUUAUAAAGCCAGCCACAGCCACCUCUAAGGACCCUGUCUCAAGACUUUUGGACACCAGGUUGGUGCAUCAUAAUGCAAGUAAAUGGGAAAGUUUUGAUGUAACGCCAGCUGUUUUGAGGUGGAUUGCACAUGGACAACCUAAUCAUGGGUUUGUGGUAGAGGUGGUUCACUUGGACAAAGAGAACAGUGCCUCCAAGAGGCACGUUAGGAUUAGCAGGUCUUUACAUCAGGAUGAAGAUAGCUGGUCUCAGCUCAGGCCAUUAUUAGUAACGUUUGGGCAUGAUGGCAAGGGACACCCGCUUCAUAAAAGAGAAAAGCGUCAAGCGAAACACAAACAGCGUAAACGCCACAAAUACAGUUGCAAAAGGCAUCCGUUAUAUGUGGACUUCAAUGAUGUGGGGUGGAAUGACUGGAUUGUUGCCCCGCCGGGGUAUAGUGCCUUUUACUGCCAUGGGGAAUGUCCUUUUCCACUGGCAGAUCAUCUAAACUCCACAAACCAUGCCAUUGUUCAGACUUUGGUCAAUUCAGUGAAUUCCAAAAUCCCCAAGGCUUGCUGUGUGCCGACAGAACUGAGUGCUAUUUCCAUGCUCUACCUUGAUGAAAAUGAAAAAGUUGUAUUAAAGAACUAUCAAGAUAUGGUUGUGGAGGGUUGUGGGUGCCGUUAACACAGCAAAUAUAUUAGACAAAUACAAAAAAAAAAAAAAAAAAAAAAAAAAAAAAGAAGCUGACACUUUAAUAUUUCCCAAUGAAGACUUUAUUUAUGUAAUGAAAUGGAAAGAAAAAAAAACACAACUAUUUUGAAAAUAUAUUUAUGUCUACGAAAAAGUUGGGAAAACAAAUAUUUUAAUCAGAGAAAUAUUCCUUUAAAGAUUUUAAAUGUAUUUUAGUUGUACAUUUUAUAUGGGUUUAACCCCAGCACAUGAAGUAUAAUGGUCAGAUUCUUAUUUUGUAUUUAUUUACUAUUAUAACCACUUUUUAGAAGAAUAGCUAAUUUGUAUUUAUAUGUAAUCAAAAAGAAAAAAAUAUAGGGUUUGUACAUAAUUUUCCAAGAUUGUAGCUGUUUCAAUUGUGUGUAUUUAAGUUGAAAAUAAUACAUGGAAGGUUACUAUGGCAAAGUGCAUAGCACAUUUGCUUUCUGCUGUGCUACUGUUAAGGUCACAAGUUCAAGUCCAGAAAAAAGUGGAUAAUCCACUCUGCUGACUUUCAAGAUUAUUAUAUUGUACAAUUCUCAGGAAUGCUGCAGGGUGGGCUGUCCAAUCCAUGAGAACUGGCAUCCUCUUUAGGUGGAACAUUUGGAUAAGAACCAGACGUUGCUGAUCUAGUAUAAAUACUGCUAUUCCCAACUAAUUUGCAGCGUGAAUAUAAGAAGGGCCAAUAGAAAUCCUAUGGGAGGUGGGGGUGGGGGAAGACUGAAUCCUUUCUAGACCUACAGAAAAGUGAAUGUUUGAUGUUUCCUUUAAAAGUCCUUCCUUUAAAAGUCCUGGCCAAAUAUAAAAUAAUAAAAACUAAAA